CCCAUUUCCAAUAUGCUUUGUUUAUAGCCAAAGCUGUGCAUCUAUUCUUCUUAACACCCAAUCUCAAACUUCUUUCUUUGGAUAUUUCUUGCAAUUCAUGGCUUGGGAUCUCUGGGGUCCGUCACCUCCUCAAGUUGAACUUGGGACUACUUACUUCCCGGAAUCUGAAUGGCAGUGCGACUUUUACUUUGGUUAUGGACAUGAUGUUAUAGAAGAAAAUGCGCUAAACGAGAAACUUUGUUUAGAAGUAGUGAGGAGAUGGAUAGCAAAGACCGAUACUGAAAUUGAUGAACUCGAAAAGGAUUUGGUGUCUCUUCAAAGCGAACUAGCGUGGGCUAAACAUGAAGAAUGGCCUGACACAUGUUGUGGUGCUUUGAGAGAAAAGAUUGCUUUCCUUGACAGUUCUCUUAAGAACUUGAGAAAUAAAGAUGAGAAUAAUAUUGAGGUUCAGUCACUGAUGCAUACAGAAUCUGCAGAGAGUAUAGACGAGCUAAUGAAGGAUCUUCUUCGAAAAUACGUCCUGGAGAAAGAUGAGCAGCCUGCAAAGACUGAGAUCAUAGAUUCCAGCUCAGAAUCUUGGAGACUUGCUGCUGGCUACUCUGACAACAAGAAAACGUCAAGUGAGAGUAAUUCAGAAAGCAGUAGGCAAUCGGAGGCCAAAGGACAAGGUCCUGAAGAAAAGGAAACAUCAAGAAUGACUUCUAACAAUGAACAGCCUGCAAAUACUAUUACUAUGAAUUCCAGCUCUGAUUCUUUGGGCCUUGCAGCUGGAUUCACUGAAAAGAAGUUUACGUCAAGUAAUAGUAGUACAGAAAGCAGUAGGCAGUGUGAGGAAAAAGGUCAAGGUGUAGCUCCUGAAGAAAAGGAAUCAUCAUGUAUGAUCAACAACAAACAGCCUGCACAAACUAGUAUCAUGGGCUCCAGCCCAGAUUCUUUGAAACUUACAGCUGGCUACAUUGACAAGAAAACAACAAGCAGUUGUGAUUCAGAAAGCACUAGGCCAUGGGAGGCCAAAGGACUAGGUUUUCUUACUGAAGAAAAGGAAAUGGUUCCAACUGCAUCUUCGCACUAUGAAGGAAAUCGUAUGCAAAAUUCAGAAGUUAAGUGUAUGAGUACAAAAUAUUCAACUAGUGUUAGCUCCAUUGAUGAGAAGUCAAGCCAAGAAAGUUUUGAUUCUAAAUUGAUUGAUGAGGUGGUAGAGCACUCUUUGAUACCCACAGAAGAUAAUAUAGGUACUUCACAGAGGCCUGAUGGACAUGAAUCAGAUGUCAGUAAAACGCCCCCAGAUGUUAUUGCCAGUGAUUCUCUUAUAUAUGGAAAUGGCUGUUCCAGUGAGGUGAAAAAUUCAUGCAUGCCUAUUUUGACAGAAAAUGGAUGUGAUGAAAUAAGGAAACAGCUUUCUACUGCUACAGCUAGAAGUCCAACCUUGAUGUCAUCUUUAACUCCUGAAAUCAAGGCAACCCUUCAAAAUACCAAAAAGCAGCCUGCAUGUUCCCUUGUUGAGUAUGGUGGUGAAGAUACUUUGAGAGAAUCAGCUGGCAUCAAGAAGAGUAAUGAAUGCUUGGAAUCCAAAUUGUGUGCUUUAAGCCCGACAAAAGGUGAUGUAGAGCAAAAGCUAAUUGACUUUGUUCCGCAAACUGCACUAAAAGUGGGCAUUAAAGAAUCAAAGAUGACUCUGGGUAACAUGAUUGGCUGUCCAAAUAAGUCUUUAAAGACCGCUGGGAAUGGAAGAAAUCAUCGACAAACAGUCAGGUUUCAAGGCCGGAUCACUGAUGAGGAAGAUUCUGAUCAGUUUGGAACAGCAAAAGAAACUCAAAAGGAUGAGAAUGCUGAUCUUGAUAGUAAGCCCCUUUUGCCCUUGGGUUUGAAACCACAAAGGCCAAAGCGAAAGAGGAAAUUACCAUUGACUGUGCAGAAUGUCCAAGAAACAUGUUUUCCUUCUACAGAAAUGAGUUCAAAUACGACGUUUAUUUCAAAAGCUCAAAAGGAACAAAAAUCCAAAGUAAUUGAUGACUAUACUAGGUUAAAUCAGUUUUUUGGUUCGAAGCAGUGUGAAAAAUCAGGCCAUCUUGAACAAUAUGAAGACAAAGAACAUGCCACCUCUCUUGGUAACAGUAAAACUUCAGCUUCACAGUUGCAAAAGAAGAGGAAAAGGACUCCAAGUUUCCAAUUUACUGCAGACACUGAAGAAUGCACUGGAUAUCUAGGCUCGAAAGAUUUACACAGGGAUGUGCAAAAGAAGAGGAAAGUGACGUCAACUUUGACACGUCCUGCAGAGGUUAAAGAUUUGUCUUUUUUGGGAUUGCAAGAUUCACACAGAGACGCAACUAAUGGUUCUAUUGGGGAAGAUCUCAAGCAUCCAGAAAAGGAAGAUCCAAAAAUGGUAGAGGCUUCAAAGUCACAAAAGCAGAGGAAAAUGACUUCAACUCUCUCACUUCCUGCAGAAAGUAAAGAUUUGCCUUUAGGUUUGGGCUUGCUAGAUUUACACAAGGACAGGGACACAACUAAUGGUUGGACUGAGGAAGAUCCUCUGAUUGUAAAGUCCUAUUCUGGAGAUGAUUCUCAAGCUAGGAAUUUGGUUCCAUAUGCUAUUCCAACUUCUAUUCCAAGUCUGAGGUUGAAGGAAAUGACGGUAGGUCAACUGAAGGAAUUGGCAAAGAGGCUCGAAGUGAAAGGCUUUUCCAAGCUUAAGAAAAUGGAGCUGGUUGAGCUACUAGCCAUGAAACAGAGAGGUCACUAAUUUUUGAUGUAUGCGUAUAUAUUUGUUUUGUUUUGGUCUCUCCAUCUGCCCUUGUUUUGUAGUCAUGUUCCCUGGGUUUGUUUGAUGUCCUAUGGCCGGCUAUAGUAUGAAAGGCAAUGAACAUAGAGAUGCCCUUUUAGUAUAGGAAAGAGAGUAGUCAUUCCCUCCUAUAGGUUUCAGUUUCAGGUAACCAGGUUUGCAUGAAAUGAUGCUUCACAUAUUGCAGGUAUAUUUGUGUUGAAGACUUGAAAUUGAGAAUUUUGUGAGGAUGUUACCUUUGUCCUCAGGUCUUGAGAACACAAACUUUUGGUUUUUGCAUCGGAAUAUAAGAGGAAUGAAUAAGAUGAGUUUCUUGUGUUAGUUAUGGAUUAUGUCCUUUUGGCAUGCAUGGUCAUUUUUUAUCUGAAGUUUCUUGUUAGUUUGGUUCAUAUAAUCUGUUCCUCG